AUGUUCCGUACUGAUUGCACCAAUGCGAAUAUUGCAAUGAUGUACGAUGCAGAAGACCAUUCAUUAUUCCUAACACCUCGGGUCUGUUACUUCUCCGCUGCAAAAGGUGGUGCAUCUCGUCACAUGAUGGUCAAUGGCAGCAGUCAAAGGAUGGCAAUAAAAAUCAAAUGCAGUAAUAACGGGAUCUUCCGAGUUUCACCAGUAUACUGCAUGUUGGAACCGGGAGCAUCACAAAGAUUGCAAAUAGUGCGCGACCCAGGAGAAGCUAAAACAGAUAAAAUCGUGGUACUCUUCCGAUACACCACCUUUACCAACCCACGAGAUGCUUUCACGGAUGUACCAGAUGGUGAUGAUGGGACUCACAAAAAAAUUAUUGCUUUGGUGGCUCGCGACGACAUCGAUUUUGCGUUGGCACCGUCGACAAAUCUUAAAUCUAUUCUGAAGGCGUAUCCACAAUGCUGAGAAGUGUGCUAAUACACUUCCACGAAACAAUAAAUCUUGUUUCGAAAGCUA